AUGGAGGACCCUGCUGGAGGUUCCAUGCUGCUGCUGCUGAUGGUGGUGUUUGUCACAGUGCCAACCAGGACUCGGGCAGUUCCUGUGGACAGAACCCACUGUAUCUCUCUGGACACCAGGAAAUGUCAUAGGGCCCAGUUCCAGUCUCUGCCCACACAAGAGCUGCAGGCCUUCAAGACAGCCAAAGAUGCCUUUGAAAAGCAGCUCCUGCCGAAGAACACUGUGUGCAGAGCACGCCCCUUCCCCAGGACCUGGGACCUGAGGCAGCUGCAGGUAUGGGAGCGCCCCGUGGCCCUGCAGGCUGAGCUGGCCCUGACCCUGGAGGUCCUGGGCAACGUGACUGACCCAGCCCUGGAGGAUGUUCUGGAGAAGCCCCUAUCCACACUAUGUCACAUCCAUGCCCAGCUGCAGGCCUGUGUGAGUCCUGCGUCCCUCAUCCCCAGACCCCACAGCCCCCGCCUGUCCCACUGGCUGCAGAGGCUCAACCAGGCCUUCAAGAAGGAGUCCCCUGGCUGUCUCCAGAACUCUGUCACCUUGAACCUCUUCCGCUUGCUCACCGGGGACCUGAGAUGUGUUGUCAGGGCAGACCUGUGUACCUGA